GCCGAGCCGGCCGUGUACCCUGCGUCCCGAUCCGACAGAAUUUGGAAAUCCUGGGGCUACUCUUACAUUGAGCUUUUAGGAGCGGACGAGGAAAGCCACCACCCUGACUACCCCGGCUCUUACCCCACCUUCACUCAGGUGGCCCGGAAGCGGAAGUGACGAACACGGAAGUAGCCUACUGUUGCCGAGGGGACGGGCCGGGCAGAUGCCAACAUGGCAGCGGUUGGGGCUGGUGGUUCCACCGCAGCGGCCGGGCCAGGGGCGGUUUCCGCGGGUGCAUUGGAGCCGGGGACCGCGAGGACCGAGUUGCUUCUCACUUGGGAGGGAGCCGAGGCACAUGGCCAGGGUUUGCCUCAGCCAUUUCCUGACACCUCGGUAAGGGUUCCAGCUCACAGGCGCCUGAAGUACAUAUCCCUAGCCGUGCUGGUGGUCCAGAAUGCCUCCCUCAUCCUCAGCAUCCGCUACGCCCGCACGUUGCCUGGGGACCGCUUCUUUGCCACCACUGCUGUGGUCAUGGCAGAAGUGCUCAAAGGUCUCACCUGCCUGCUGCUGCUCUUCGCAGAGAAGAGGGGUAACGUGAAGCACCUGAUUCUCUUCCUCCACGAAGCUGUCCUGGUGCAGUAUGUGGACACGCUCAAGCUCGCAGUGCCCUCUCUCAUCUACACCUUGCAGAAUAACCUCCAGUACGUUGCCAUCUCUAACCUACCAGCUGCCACUUUCCAGGUGACGUACCAGCUGAAGAUCCUGACCACAGCGCUGUUCUCCGUGCUUAUGCUGAACCGCAGCCUUUCCCGGCUGCAGUGGGCCUCCCUGCUGCUCCUCUUCACUGGUGUCGCCAUUGUCCAGGCACAGCAAGCCGGUGGGGGAGGCCCACGGCCACUGGAUCAGAACCCUGGGGCAGGCCUGGCAGCUGUCGUGGCCUCCUGUCUCUCCUCUGGCUUCGCAGGUGUCUACUUUGAGAAGAUCCUCAAAGGCAGCUCAGGCUCUGUGUGGCUACGCAACCUGCAACUGGGCCUCUUUGGUACAGCACUGGGCCUGGUGGGGCUCUGGUGGGCUGAGGGCACUGCCGUGGCCAGCCGCGGUUUCUUUUUUGGGUACACGCCUGCUGUCUGGGGCGUGGUGCUUAACCAGGCCUUUGGCGGGCUACUGGUGGCUGUGGUUGUCAAGUACGCUGACAACAUCCUCAAGGGCUUUGCCACCUCCCUGUCUAUUGUGCUGUCCACUGUUGCCUCCAUUCGCCUCUUUGGCUUCCAUGUGGACCCAUUGUUUGCCCUUGGCGCUGGGCUCGUCAUUGGUGCCGUCUACCUCUACAGCCUUCCCCGAGGUGCAGCCAAAGCCAUAGCCUCUGCCUCUGCCUCUGCCUCUGCGCCCUGUGUUCACCAGCAGCCUCCCGGGCAGCCACCGCCACCACAGCUUUCUUCCCACCGUGGAGACCUCAUCACGGAGCCCUUUCUGCCAAAGUCAGUGCUGGUGAAGUGAGGGCUGGCAGCAAUGGGGGGACACAAGGGAGGGGGACUGGGUGGAGGGUGUUGGGCAUCUGCAGGACCCAAGUCGCCACCCUGCGGGGCCUGGCUCCUCUGGGUUUGGGAGAUGGUCUUUUCUCCCACAUCACUGAGACUUCUGGAGGGGCAUGAGACUAGGGCUGGGUGUCACGUGAACCCUUCCUGGUAGGCUGAUCCUCUUCCCCUGGAGGAGGUUUUAGAGCUGCCUCCUCUGCCCCCUCGAACCUCUUUGGAGGCAGGGUUGGGGGUUAUUGUCAUUCAAGGCCUUUUUUUUGUCUGCCCCCUCCCCGACUCUGUGCCCUCUGCUCGAAGUGUCUUGUCUGGGAGAGAUCCUCCCAGCAGUCUCUCCACCUCCAUAAGGACACACUGGACAAAACUCCUGCAGCUCUUCAGGAAUGACCGAUGCCUACCUGUGGGGUUUGGUUGCCCAUAGUUUGAGGCCUUCUCUCCUCCCUUACCACCGCUCUGGAUCAUGUUAGCAGUUCGGUCUUUUGUGUGGCCUUGGGGCAGCUUCCCUGACACCUUGAGGAUGGGCUUCUUGCGAGUCCUGGACAAGAGCUGAGGUUUUUGCAUCAGCCCUUCUGGCGGGCGGUAGAGAAUAUUUUUUUUUCCAGUGGACUUGGGAUUUGUGGUGUAAUCAGAUCAUUAAUGAUCCAGGGCGUGGGAAAAGUGGAGGUCCUUGAAGUGGCUGAAUCUCAUUGUAUUUAAGACACUGUCACUUGCCAGAUGCAGGGUUAUUUAUGGAGACAUCUAGAGAGGAAAAAUAAAGCUGCCAAUCACACCCUUGAUACCCCACUGGCUGUGUGAGGCACCCCUACCUCAUGGGGGUGUCUUGGGAUUGAUGAACUGUGGAACCUGCCUCCUGCACUCCCCAAAGCUUAUUAACCCCUUAACUGUAUCGGGGCAUGGGGUGUGUGUGUGCAUGGAAGAUGCCUGGGCUGUCUUUGCUAUAUGUAAAUAGGGCCAUUGGAUCUUUAUUUUUGAUUAAUUUGUUCUGAUUUUUUUUGGUUUGUUUUUUAAGGAACUGUAAUGAACAAAUGUCAGGAUACCCAAUGCCAAAUAAAGAUGUUGUAUUUAUUUAG